UCCACCACGCACGCGUCUUCCAGCUCUGUGGAAACCACAUACCAGCCACCAUGUCUCGACCAAUCCUCACUCAGCCGCCACGAGGCUUGACACUUACAGAAGAGCUUGAGAAGCUAGAACAGCAAAUCACCCUGACUUUGCAAGAAAUCGACAGCAACUUCAGCAAAGCCCACCGCAUCGUCACCAGCAGUAUCCUGCCAAUCGUUGAGGACUAUGCGAAACACAGCAAUGAUGUCUGGGAGGGCUCCAAGUUCUGGAAACAAUUCUUCGAGGCCUCGGCCAACGUCUCGCUGUCGGGAUACGAAGAGAAUGCCAACGAGGACAACACGCAGACCGACGCUACACAGUCCUUCCAAACGUCGACAGAUCACGAUGAGAGCACUAUAACCGGAGCGAGCGCGCAAGAUGACGAGGAGGAGUUCAGCACAGAAUCGCCAACACAAAUGACGGGCGUGCAGACAACACCCAAACUGCCAACUUCUGCGUCAAAGUCGGGCGGCAAGACAAGACAAGGAAGCAGGCCAGCAUCUUCAUACAGGUCACCAUCUCCGCGAAAGUACACUGGUAGGAACCCGCGAGGCGGCAAUACGCCAGGCACCGACCAGCCCAGCACGCCGCGCAUGUCUACCGCGAACGAUAUGGACUCCUCUCCUUUCCAGCCUCAAUCUGCUUUCGAACCACCAUCUGCCUUCCGGACACAGCAGGAGAACCACGACCCUCUCAUGCACCGCGUGCUGGACAAGAAUUACCGCAUCCAGGCGACACCCAUGACCCAGCGUCGACAACAUCAGUCUCAAGCCGCUUCAAAGCCUGCUCCAGCUCCGGCUACGGCUACCAAGAAACAGCUCUGGGACGACUCACCUCAGUCCUCGCCCGAAACGUCUGCGCCUCAACUACGAAGCGAGCUUUUCUCGCCCGCCAAACCAGCACCACGAACCCCCGGCGUAUCUGUGCUCACUCCGGCAACUCGAAAGACAGGUCCUCCACCACCCACAACAUCUACAGGGAAACAGCUCUUCUCCGCACAAGACAAAGCAUACGCAGCGAGCAAAGACCGCACGCGUGCAAGUCAUAUGUUCGAGGACAGUGACGAGGAUGAAGACUUCUUUGCCGAUAUCAGUCCGCCGAAGACGAUGCAAUUUCAUGUCCCCCAGAGCAGACUCGUGCAGACGCCUGCAAGGGAGGCGAGCAAGAAGAUUGUGGACGAUCUGCUGUUGACUGCGGGAGCUGAUGCGACGGAUGACAUUGAGGACGACUCUUUGGAGUUUGAAGUGCCUAGUCCGAGUGUGGUUAAGCAAGGGUGGCAGAUAGAUGACGAUACGUUCUAG